AUGGAAAAACAAAAAUGGGAAACUACCCCAGGAGGUAACCCGCAAGGGAAAUCCUCCACCAUCAGUGGUGCAACUAGGCUGGAGGAUUCUGGGGAACCUGAACGAGCGUGUGAAAGACAGACUACAACAAGAAAAACAAAGAAUACCUUUUCAUGUGCUACUUGGGACGUACGAAGUCUAUUAGAAGGAGGAAAGAUGCAGAAUCUCUUCAAGGAAGUGACACACUUGAAGAUAGAUAUAGUCGGUGUAAGUGAACAUAGAUGGCCAGAUAGUGGAUGUGUCAGUCAAGAAGAUAAAAGAAUGUCCUAUUCAGGACCUCUUACAAGGGGAAAAAAUGGAGUGGCAAACAUAGUUUGGAAAAAGUUCAUGAACUGUGAAACUAGCACAGCUGCAGUAUCUGACCGAGUAAUUGCCAUCCACAUUAGAAACCUGAAGCAGAAUGUGAAUGUAGUUCAGGUAUACGCCCCAACAGCAGACAAGAGCGAUGAAGAAAUAGAGAGCUUCUACAAUGAUCUCCAUUCAAUAACAUGCACCUUGAAGAAGGAAGACAUGAACUUGAUAAUAGGAGAUUUCAAUGCAGAAGUUGGAAAUGCGAGAAUUGAUGGAGUCGCACGAGGAUUUGGUCUUGGUGAAACAAAUGAAAGAGGUAUGGCCCUUAUCGAUUUCUGUAGGGCUGAAGAAUUCACAAUUAAAAACACUUUUUACUAG